AUGCAGAAAACUAUAGAAAAGGACUUAACUUAUGGAAAAAUAAGUAUAUAAAAUACUAACAUUAAGAUAUUUCAAUCUAGAAAACUCAAGAAUUUGUUAAGAUGAUAUGGAUUUAAUUUUUAUUCCCAAAAAAAAUAAAUUUGUAACUUCUAAAUAGCAAUGUCUUUAAUUCUAAAUGA